ACUGUGGAGAGGAGUCUACAAGUAAAGUCAGCGGACAGGGAAGACGGCAGCUUCGGAGCCGAACCUAACGGUGCCACAGCCUUUUCCUGAAACCUCUUGCAGACCGUCUCUUUCAGAACUGUCGGUGACUUCUUUUUCUGUUAAUCGGAACAAGGGAUCUCUGAUUGCAGAGAUGUGAAUCGAACGCCGUCAAUAAAAUACGUCUUCGGAUGGAAGAAGGGUGCCGAAAAUAUCCGAGGCACGGAAUCUGAGGGUGAGUCUGGCUAAGUGGUCUCUUCUCUUUUCAAUCUAAAGAAGCAAAUAUUGUUUUUCCAACAGUCCUGGUUCCCGGGUACCCAGCAGUCCGAUGCCUUGUCUUUUCACCGCAGCUUGUUGCAUGCCUCGUGAGCUCUCACUGACCGUCCGCCGCCUUGCCUAACGGCUCCACCGUCGGCAGGGCAGUCCCUGAGAGUUUUGGGGUUAUUUUUUCUUCCCCCAUCCGAUCCCUGGCUGGCUUCUGAUUUGCUCUAAGCCAGGAUUCGGAAAGAAGGGGCAAAAAUAAAAGACACAGCACGAUGCAAGUAGCGGGUGGCUCCUCCAGUCUUCCAGACCCAGACGGUAUCGGAUCGGAAAACGGCGAAGACGCAGAAAUCGUCGUCAACGUUGGCGGGGUGAGACAGGUUCUCUACGGGGACCUCCUCAGCCAGUACCCGGAAACCCGGCUGGCAGAGUUGAUCGACUGCUUAUCUGGGGGAUACGAUACGAUCUUCUCCCUGUGUGACGACUAUGACCCUGGGAAGAGAGAAUUCUACUUUGACCGGGACCCGGAUGCUUUCAAGUGUGUCAUCGAGGUCUACUAUUUCGGGGAGGUGCACAUGAAGAAGGGCAUCUGCCCCAUCUGUUUCAAGAACGAGAUGGAGUUUUGGAAGGUGGAUCUGAGGUACCUGGACGACUGCUGUAAAAGCCACCUCAGCGAGAAGAGGGAAGAGCUGGAGGAAAUCGCCCGGAGGGUCCAGCUGAUUCUGGACGACUUGGGAGGGGACGCCUCCGAGAGCCGCUGGCAGAACUGCCAGAAGUGCCUCUGGAAAUUCAUGGAGAAGCCGGAAUCCUCCUAUCCGGCCCGAGUGGUGGCCGUCCUGUCCUUCCUGUUCAUUUUGAUCUCGUCAGUGGUCAUGUGCAUGGGGACCAUCCCGGAGCUCCAGAUCCUGGAUGCGGAGGGCAACCCCGUGGAGCACCCCACCCUGGACAACAUCGAGACGGCCUGCAUCGGCUGGUUCACCCUGGAGUACCUGCUGCGCCUCGUCUCCUCCCCCAACAAGCUGCACUUCGCCCUGUCGUUCAUGAACAUCAUCGACGUGCUGGCUAUUCUGCCCUUCUACGUCUGCCUGACCCUGACCCACCUGGGGACUGGCAUGAUGGGACUCGCCAACGUGCAGCAGGCCGUGCAGGCUUUGCGCAUCAUGAGGAUCGCCAGGAUUUUCAAACUGGCGCGGCACUCUUCGGGGUUACAGACCCUGACGUACGCCCUGAAGAGGAGCUUUAAGGAGCUGGGCUUGCUCCUCAUGUACCUGGCCGUCGGCAUCUUCGUCUUUUCGGCCCUGGGUUACACCAUGGAGCAGAGCCACCCAGAGACGCUGUUUAAGAGCAUCCCCCAGUCGUUCUGGUGGGCCAUCAUCACCAUGACAACCGUCGGCUACGGGGACAUUUACCCCAAGACGACCCUGGGCAAGCUGAACGCGGCCAUCAGCUUUCUCUGCGGGGUGAUAGCCAUCGCUCUGCCCAUCCACCCCAUCAUCAACAACUUUGUCAGGUACUACAACAAGCAGAGGGUGCUGGAGACAGCUGCCAAACAUGAGCUCGAGCUCAUGGAACUGAAUUCCGGAGAGGGGAAGGUCGGCAGCCCCAGGAGCCACCUGGACCCCCUUCGGCCGACCCGAGAAGGUCAGGAGGGGCCUCUCGGGAGUCGUGGGCUAAAAGUCUCUCACAGCGACACCUUCAUUCCUCUCCUGUCAGAUGAGAAACACCACAGGACCAGACUUCAGAGCUGCAAAUGAACUGCUGCGAGCUAAAUUCAUUCAGAGGCAGCGAGACUGACUGACCGGCUGAUGUGGAGGACGUUUCAGAUUUUCUGGGUUUUUGGAUUGAACACGCUUUGUCUCCCUCCCUCCCGCUCCCCCCACCCCCCGACUCCCUCCCCACCCAUAGAUAAAAAUUUCCCUUGGAUCAUCUUCAUCACAUUUGGGUGAGACUCUGUUUUUAUUACCGGCUACUAGUGCGUUAACCAUAGGAGCGUAGUUCGGAGGGGUGACUGAUUCACGGUUUCAUCGGAGCAAGCAUAAAAUCUCGGACAGUAGCUCUAAAACGAUAUGGGGGUACGGGAUUGCCAAUUCAAAAUUCUGUAUCUGUAACAAUAAAGCCUCAUACUCUAACCUAACCACAAA